GGGUCUGAAUACUUUCUGAAGGCACUGUAUACUUAUUUACAAUGACGGCUUAGCAAGAGGCAAAAAGGCUGAACUUUCCAGUUUGAGUGUGUUUUGCAGCGUGUUCCAGUCGCUAGCUGCAGCGAACUGAAAAGAGCAGUGACCCAGGGAUGUGUGUGCUUUGGGGACCGUUAACAGAAUGUGACUGGCAGAACGGGUGUUAUUUGUAUUGUUUUAUUUAACCUUUAUUUAACUAGUCAGUUAAGAACAAAUUCAUAUUUUACAAUGAUGGCCUACCCCGGACAAACCCUCCCCUAACCCGGACGACACUGGACCAAUUUGUGCGCCGCCCUAUGGGAUUCUUGAUCACGGCCAGUUGUGAUACAGCCUGGGAUCGAACCAGGCUCUGUAGUGACGCCUCUAGCACUGAGAUGCAGUACCUUAGAUUGCUGCACCACUCGGUAGGGUUGCAGUAGGUAUCUCAGAUGGGGCAAGUGAGGGCUAAGAGGGUUUUAUAAAUAAGCAUCAACCAGUGGGCCUUGCACUGGAUAUACAGAGACUGCCAGUUUACAGAGUGCCGUGAUGUGUCCUAUAAGGAGCAUUGUUGGCCGACUGGGAAAGAACAUCUAGCUUCUCGAGAGCACCUUUACCUGCCGAUCUAUCAAUGACAUCUCUGUAGUCUAGCAUGGGUAGGAUGGUCAUCUGAAUCAGGGUUAGUUUGGCAGCUGGGUGAAAGAUGAGUGAUUACGAUAGAGGAAACCAAGUCUAGAUUUAACCUUUGGGUUAUUUCCAAUGUGGUCCUUGAUGUAAAAGACAGGAAAAGAUGCUACGACCUCCGACAAGACAUCAAACAUGCAAAAGGACAAUAUAGGAGGACGGUGGAAUCCUAUUGCAUCGGCUCCGACGCUCGUCAUAUUUGGCAGGGCUUGCACCCGAUAACGCAUUACCUAGGGAAACAGCCAUGAGUUGCCUAGCGAUGCAGAACUCCCAAACGAGCUCCAUGCCUUCCGUGAAAGCCCCUGUUUUUCCAGGUGACUGAGAUCUCGCUCUCCGUAGCCGAUGUGAGUAAAAUGUUUAAACAGGUUCACAAUCACAAGGCCGGAAUACCAGAGCGUGUUCAUCAAAGCAUGCGCUGAGCAGCUGGCAAGUGUCUUAACAGAAAUGUUCAAUCUCUCCUUGUCCCAGACUGGAAUGUCAACAUGUUUCAAGCUGACCACCAUUGUCCCUGUUUCUGAGAUCUCCAAGGUAACCUGCCUAAAUGACUGUAGUCUUGUGACACUCACAUCUGUAAUUAUGAAGUCCAAGGCUGGUCAUGACACACAUCAACACCACCAUCACAGACACCCUACACCCACUCCAAUUCACAUACCAUCCCAACAGAUCCACAGAUGAUGCAAUCUUGCACUUCACACUGCCCUCUUCCACCUGGAGGGGAAAUAACUGACAAUGCUGUUCAUAGACUACAGCUCAGUGUUCAACACCAUAGUCUCCCUCCAAGCUCCUCAACAAGCUAGGGACCCUGGGACUGAAACCUUGGACUGAACCCCUCCCUCUGCAACUUAACCACAAAGCACUACAGAGGUUGGUGGGGCAACCCAGUGCAUCACUGGGGCCAUGCUCAACAACCAUCCAGGACCUCUAUAUCAGGAAGGCCUGAAAAAUUGCCAAAGACUCCAGCCACCCUAACAUAGACUGUUUACUCUGCUACUGUCUGGCAAACGGCAUUGUAGCACCAGCUCUCAGACCCACAGGCUCAGUUAAAAAGCUGUUAAUUUUUGUCAGUCUGAUUUAGGCCUUAGCCGAUACUCGUUGGUGUAUUUUAGUUAUGACUACAAAUUUAAAAAAUUUUAUUUGCAAACCCUCACGUGUGCCUGGACUUAGAAUAUUUUAUGCCACUUAACACCUAUUUGUGGUUAGAAUUUUUCCUUGAAACCAAGAUGUAUAUGCUGCUUUAGAAAGGAAAUGCAGCAAACCGAUAUGGCCUUUCUAAGGUGAGCGACAUUUAGUCUAUCCAUUUAGGACUGGCAGGGAUUUAUUUGAUGCUCUGGCUUGGGCUUCAGGGAAACAAACACAGACUGAAUGAAGCCUAGCCAACUGUAACAAGCCUAUGUUUUAAUGACAGCAGGUCCAGCAUUAUGCAAAUGAGCGUGGGUAGUGCAGCGGCAGCGCGAGGCAGAUUAGAGCUGUGCCUGGGAUCAGUGAGCACACGCGCUCUGUCCCCCUCCCUCUCAGAGCAACUAGUGCCUCUGUCUGUCUCUCCUUUCUACGCUUUUCCUCUCUUUUUAGCUUUUCACUAGUUUUUCCCUCAUUCUGUUGUUCCCGUCGGCGGAUGAUUCGUGUGUUUCUCUUUGAGAAGCAGCUCUGAUUUUCCUUUGUGUAAAAAAAAAAAUCGCGCAUUCAUUCGCACGGACUCGCGCUGCGCGCACACCGCUCCGGUUAAACCAGCGCCGUUUCCUCUUUUCUAGUUAAACGGAAAUAAGAAUAAAGAAAAGGCAUCUUUACAAUUUCAUCGGUAUUUCCCCAUGUAAGCACACACACUCCCCCCGUAUGUUAGUAUUUGGUGUAUAGCAGUUAGAACGAGCGCUGGUUUGAGGUUUAGAGAGACCGGGCUGUAAGUAGGUCGGGCUGGGUUUAAGCGGCUUUAGCCUGCGUCAGCCUAAGCUGGGAGGAAUUCACCCAAAGCCCUCCGCGGUAGGCGGGGGCCUAAACGAGGCUGGCCUAGUUAAGCCUGAUUCUUAUUGUUGCCCGUGUGUGUUGUGUAACACAGAGCAGAGAAGACCUCGGAUGAGAGAGAGUACAUGCGUUAGACAGACUGUUUGAUUGAGAAUCCAUGAAGGGGGAGAAAGAAGAGGGACAAGGAAGAGAGUGAGUGAGAGUUAAACCAGUAUUAGCCUGAGCCUCAUCACAGAACAGAAAGAAAAGGGAGGUAGAGAACCAGACCAAAUCUCAAAAGAAGGAGAGGAAAAUAAGCAAGAUAUUGUGUUGAGUUAGUGCUGGUGUCUAGGCCUGGCUCGGUCCAUUCUGGUUCCUUGGGCUAUGUUCUAAGAUGGCGUCUGGGUCCGUCUACAUGUCGUCCAGUAUGGUGGGUAAGGCUCGCUCCUCCAACUUCACCCUGUCUGAGAAACUGGACCUGCUGAAGCUGGUCCGCCCACACAUUCUCAUCCUGGAGGAGCACACCAACAAGCACGCUGUCAUCGUGGACAAGAACAAGUGCUGGGACACAGUGUCUGAUCAGUACAACGUCCUGGGGGGGGACAGGCCCCCCCGCACUGCCCAGGGCCUACGCACCCUCUACAAGAGGCUGAAGGAGUCGGCCAAACAGGAAGUGAUGCAACGGAGACACGCCCAGCCAGAGUACAGAGGAAGUAUAUCUGAACCAACCAGGAGAGUGAUGGAGAUGAUACCUCACCUUUUCCAUCAUGGCGCUAUCCACCAUGAUAAAGACCCAGCGACGAUGCACAGGGUGAUGUAUAAGCAUGACUCUCCCAUGGAGCAACCUGGCAGCAGCUCCUCCCUCCCAGACUACCCAUCAAACCCCGUCACCCACCACCUGGACCAGGAUGUGGUCAGGCUGGACCAGGACGUGGACGUGAAGCCUCCGCCAGACCUGACCAUCGUCUCCACGCGUGUGGGGGUGGUGCUAGGAGGAGAGGGGGCGGAGGAGGAAGAUGAGGACUUGGGCAGUGUCCAUGGUUAUGACGGCUCCCUCUCUCCCUGCCCAUCCUCUGUCGUCCUGCCCCUCUCCACCUCACCCGUUCCACUGCAACGUGACCUUUACCUUCAUGACCACUACCCCCGCCGUGACCCUGACAGGCUACGUCCCCUUCAGCUGGCCAAGGAGGAGCACGAGCAGGUCAUGACCAAUCACAGAAAGAUGGGCGUAUACCUGGAGGAGAAGAGGGAGGGGCUAAAGAGGAAGCAGGAACUGGAGGAGGAGCUUCUGAGAGCAAAAAUCAAAGUAGAGAAACUGAGGGCAGCCAGGCUGAGACAUGGACUACCACUGCCCCUAUAACUAACACACCCAUGGUCUGACUGGACUGACCAUAUGGAACUCAGGAGGAUGCUCUGAACUGUUUCUAUGUCUGUGUGGAAGAGGGGUUUGGCCUGAGAAAUCAUGUUUGUGUGAUGAACAGUGAGUUUGAGGGAGGAUUUAAAGGUCCAAUGCAGCCUUCUCAAUCUCAAAUCAUUUCUGGGUAAAAAUGAAUUAUAUUACUGUGAUUGUUUUCUAUUAAAAUGCUCAAAAAGAGACAAAAAUAGAUUUUAAGCAAAGUUCAAUUUCUCAAGUAAGAAUUUUGCUAGGAUUGUCUGCGAGUGGUCUGAGUGGGGAAGGGAAAACUGAUAACAAACUAUUAUUGGCUGAACGGUUUUCAACUCUCUUUCUCAUUGGUCUAUUAACACAUUUAUGGUGAUGUCACCAGGCAGGCCAAAACUCCAUCCCACCAAAACAGGCUGAAAUUUCAGCCGAUCUUUUCUAACAUCUCUUAUGCUAAAAAGGCACUAUCAUAGUUUUCACCAUUUCACAGUAUUCCAAUCUCAUAGUGUGGAAAUAUACAGUACCAGUCAAAAGUUUGGACACAUCUACUAAUUGAAUUGUACUAUUUUCUACAUUGUAGAAUAGUAGUGAAGACAUCAAAACUAUGAAAAAACACAUUGAUUUUUUUUUUCAACAAACACACAUUGCACUAAAAAAGUGUUCAACAAAUCUAAAUAUAUUUUAUAUUCUUCGACGUAGCCACCCUUUUGUCUUGAUGACAGCUUUGCACACUCUUGGCAUUCUCUCAACCAGCUUCAUGAGGAAUGCUUUUCUUACAGUCUUGAAGAAGUUCCCACAAAUGCUGACCACUUGUUGGCUGCUUUUCCUCCACUCUGAAGUCCAACUCAUCCCAAACCAUCUCAAUUGGGUUGAGGUCGGGUGAUUGUGGAGGCCAGGUCAGCUGAUGCUGCACCAUCUCUCUCCUUGGUCAAAUAGCCCUUACACAGCCUGGAAGUGUGUUUUAGGUCAUUGUCCUGUUGAAAUACUAAUGAUAGUCCCACUAAGCGCAAACCAGAUGGGAUGGCGUAUCGCUGCAGAAUGCUGUGGUAACUAUGCUGGUUAAGUGUGCCUUGAAUUCUAAAUUAAUCACAGAUGGUGCUUUGCUCAUGACACUAUCACACCUCCUCCUCCAUGCUUCACGGUGGAAACCACACAUGCGGAGAUCAUCCAUUCACCUUCUCUGCGUCUCACAAAGACAUGGCGGUUGGAACCAAAAAUCUCAAAAUUGGACUCAUCAGAGCAAAGGACAAAUUUCCACCAAUCUAAUGUCCAUUUCCCGUGUUUCUUUGCCCAAAAAAGUAUCUUCUUAUUGGUGUCCUUUAGUAGUUGUUUCUUUGCAGCAAUUAAACCUUGAAGGCUCAAUAAGAAACUCAAUAAGAAGGAAAUAAAUGUUUUAACAAGGCACACCUGUUAAUGGAAAUGCUUUCCAGGUGACUACCUCAUGAAGCUGGUUGAGAGAAUGCCAAGUGUGUGCGAAGCUGUCAUCAAGGCAAAAGGUGGCUAUGUUUUAAGAAUCUAAAAUAUAUUUAGAUUUGUUUAACACUUUGUUUGUUUACUACAUGUCUACAUUUCAUAGUUUGGAUGUCUUCGCUAUUAUUCUACAAUGUAGAAAAUAGUAAAAAUGAAGAAAAACCAUUGAAUGAGCAGGUGUGUCCAAACUUUUGACUGGUACUGUAUAUAAAACACAGGAAAAUCUAGUUUUGCACUGGGCCUUUUGAACAGUGUAUUUGCAUAAGGAAGUGUGUGUUUUGAGUGACGAUUUAAACGGUGUGUUUGCGUGUGGGACAGUGUGUGGUGACUACGGUUGAGUUAUGACCCUGGAGCUAAAAACAAUACAGAUCUCUGCUUUUGUCAGACGAGAGGCGCUACUAUCACUGGUUUCAGGUACUAACGGGUACUAUUUUGACUGGUUUCAUUUGGUUCAAAACCCUGUGUUGCUUUACCAUCCCAUUAGGAGGGAAGAUGAUAGGUGAUGGGGAGGGGUUUAGAAGGGGGUGUUGCUGUUACGGUGGUGUGAUGUUCAGUGUUUCUUGUUCAGAUCUGUGGUUUCAAUGUUUUCUAUUAAAAUAGUUUUUCUAGUUUG